AUGUUACUGCCACCGCAAUCACCGCUGUCAAUCACAGAUGUUGCACGCGCAAAUGUCCCAGGCGCCGAAGUCGCAGCCACAGCUGUCGUAGUCGUAAAAUUUACAGAUUUAUUAGAACACGCAAAACGAGUAGUCGCUACAACACUCACUCAACCAACAGUUGCAACAACGACGGACACAACGGAAGAAAACAGCACAGCUGCUCUUCAAAAUUUUCGUCCAGAUGGUUAUUAUAAUCGAAAUAGUCCCCGUUAUGAUAGCAGAUGGCCACUACAACAAAAUCCUGUUAGUUAUCCGCAGCCUCCAGUUCAACGACAACCAGGCACGUCAUCCAGUCAUAGUUGUCAUGGUUAUGGACAUUAUUCAAUGGACAAUAUAUCAAUGUCCAGGUCGUUUAAACGAGUAAUGGUGUCGCAUGAUGGUAGCGCUACCACUAGCGCUGUGACAGUUAACAGUUACCGUUACCAUCGUUGUCCGUUACUAGAGGUAACGGUAACUGAUAUAAAAUUAAUAAGCAUCGUUCCUCGUUACUGGAGGGUAAAGGAUUUCUUACUGUAUAUCAAUUACC